AUGCCUGUUACUACCCGUUCCAAUCACCGAGCCCAGGCGCAACAGGCCCAGGCGCAACAGACCCAGGCUCCAACCCCGCCGCCUGAUGACUUCACGCCACCGCGGGAGGACUCUACACCGCCUCCUGAUUUCAGGCCGGUACAUGGUCGCGAGCAGACACCAGGCCCUCCCUCGCGCGAGAUAAUUGUCGUAUCGGACGACUCGGACGAUGAAGAAACGCACGAGGAGGCUAUCAAGAGGCUGGAAAAGAGGAGCAAAGCAGAAGAGGUUCGGACGCAAGCGGCUCUCAACCUCGUCAAAGCAAUGAAUGAUGUACGCACGCCACUCCAACUCCUCGCGAAGUGA